CUCUGUUGUAGAAGUGGAACUCCGUCUCCCAAGAGGACGUUGACGACUCGGUCGCCUGCCAUCAGAGGAAGCAGAGACCGGUUCACUGGAGAGUCCUACACCGUGUUAGGUGAUACCAGUAUGGACUGUGGUCAACACUACUGGGAGGUGAAAGCUCUUAAAGACUGUAAGUCAUACAGUGUCGGGGUCUCCUACAGGAACCUGGGAAAGUUUGACCAGCUGGGUAAGACCAACACUACCUGGUGUAUCCACGUCAACAACUGGCUGCAGUCCUCCUUCGCUGCCAAGCACAACAACAAGGCCAAGAGCCUGGACGGCACCGCGCCUGGACGCAUCGGGGUCUUCUGUGACCUGGACUCAGGACAACUGUCCUUCUACAACGCUGAAACUAAGCAGUUGAUCCACACGUUCAAGGCUAAGUUUAGCCAACCUGUUGUACCAGCCUUCAUGGUUUGGUGUGGUGGAUUGAGCCUCAGCACAGGAUGCAGGUCCCUAGUGCAGUCAAGAGUUUGUGAAGAACGAGAACGGCCUGGGCAUCCAACAGCAGCCUCUAACAGCAUGGCCCAGUAG